AUGACGAUUGAGCAACAACGAGAUGUACUAGACAAGACUUACAGGAUGCUGACCGACUUCUGCGGCGGCAAACCACCAAGAGGAAGUGUCGCACCUUGGUGGGAGACCAGUGCGGAAGGCGCUCGGCUUCUCCUCGAUUACGGCAUCGACUACGACCACAGCAUGGCACAUCACGACUGCCAGGCCUACUUCCUCAACACAGGUGAAUCCUGGACCAAGAUCGAUUACUCUCAAAAGGCUGAGACCUGGAUGAAACCCCUCGUUCGGGGCAAGGACACGGGACUAGUCGAAAUCCCAUCCAAUUGGUACAUCGACGACCUGCCCCCGAUGAUAUUCAUCAAGUCGGCACCUAACAGCCACGGUUUCGUCAAUGCGCGCGACGUUGAAGAUAUCUGGCGUGAUCACUUCGACUACUUUUAUCGCGAGCUGAUUGAACACUUCAAGAGCCAUGAAGGUGUUGAACUUGUGACGAUGGCUGAGAUGGCCGAUGAGUUUAGACUCAAGAACACGCCGGCUCCAGGAGCGUUGAUGCCCGCCGCACCUGGCUUGAUGCUGCGGAAGUAG